AUGAGGGCGGCUCCUUUGUUCCCGCUGCACCGCCCCUACGAACACCCCCAUCACUCACGGCCUUUGUGCCAUCGGGGCCGCACGGACCUUUCCCUCCCUCCCUCUCGCCGCGCCCUGGCCCCGCCAGAAGAGGCCCCCCCGGCAGCCGCCACCCGGGGCCCCGCUCCCCCCGCGCCCCCCGCCCAGCCGCGCCCCAGGGGCCGGAGCCCCGCGCCGCCGCCCCCCCGCUCGAGGCCCCGCUCUGCCCCGAGGGCACUGCCGCCCCCGCAACCCCUAGGCCCCCGCCGCGGGGGAGCCGCUGCUCCCCGCCCCGCGCCUCGCCGCGCCCCGCCGCCCUCGCCCUACCUGCUCCCUCAGCGGCCGCGGCGCCCCGCCGGCGCGCCCUGCUGCCCCUUGCCCCAGCUCGCCAUCGCCGCCGCCCGCGGGGGGCCGCCACGGCUCGGCCGGCUGCCGCUGCCGGUGGCGGUGCCGGUGGCGGUGCCGGUGGCGGUGCCGGUGGCGGUGCCGGUGGCGGUGCCGGUGGCGGUGCCGGUGGCGGUUCGUGGCGCGGGCGGCGCGGAGGGCGGCCCCGCCGGCCGCGCGGUGCUGAACGGACAGCGGCCGCGCGCCGCCCUGCUCAGCGGCGGGAGGCGGCGGCACGCGCGCUCGUCAUGGCGACGACCCCCGCGGCUGCCGCCCGCCCCCGCCACUCCCGCCUUCCCCCCGAGCCGACCCCGCCGGGCGGUGGGGGGGCGGCCGACGCGGGAUGGCGGCCGCGGAGCCGAGCGGCGGGGCGGCGCGGCAGGCGGGCGCGGGCCGGCCGGCUGGAGGGCGGCGGGUGCGCGCCGCCCGGCUGAGGAGGGUCGGCCUGGCCCGGCCGAGCCGGAGUGCCGGCGGCGCCUCUGCGCGCUCGCUCGAGCUCCUGCCCCCGCGCACCGGCGCCGCAAACUCCCGCCGCGCUCCCGCCUCACGCUGGCCCUGGGAGGCACAGCUUCCCCGGGGGGACGCCCGCCCGCGCUGGCAUUGAGCACUCGCGGACUCUCUCCCGCAGACAAGCCCCCACCCCUGCCCCCUCACCCUGCCGGCGGGGUGAGUCCGCGCAGGGCCUGGGGGAGGGGGCGCCGCUGCCCCCCACCCGCCCACGGCACGGACGGGUCCUGCGGCGGCCCCCCGAGCCGCACCCCGCGGCUUCGCCGGGACGGCGAAGGCGAGAGGUGUGGGCAGUCGGCAGAGCGAACGCGGGGCUGCGUGUCGGGGCUGCCCGCCGCCCCCUCAGCGGCCGGCUGGGAACACCCGGCCUCCGCAAGCAACCCCGCCCGGCGACUGCGGGACGAAAAAUCCUCAACAUCUACACCUCGGGCGAAGGGGCCGGAGCCCCUCACUGCUGCUGUUGGCGGGGCAGAGUUUUAG